UCCCGCCGCCGAACUUGCCGGGCGGCAGACGGGAGGGUGGGGCGGCCCCGCAGCCGGCCGGGCCCGUAAGGGAUGGAGACCAUUUGGAUCUACCAGUUCCGCCUCAUCGUGAUCGGGGACUCCACGGUGGGCAAGUCGUGCCUCCUGCACCGCUUCACCCAGGGCCGCUUCCCGGGGCUGCGCUCCCCCGCCUGCGACCCCACCGUCGGCGUGGACUUCUUCUCCCGCCUGCUGGAGAUCGAGCCGGGCAAGAGGAUCAAGCUGCAGCUCUGGGACACGGCGGGGCAGGAGCGCUUCAGAUCAAUAACUCGAUCUUAUUACCGCAACUCAGUUGGUGGAUUUUUAGUAUUUGACAUUACUAACCGACGAUCUUUUGAACAUGUGAAAGAUUGGCUAGAAGAAGCAAAAAUGUAUGUACAGCCAUUUCGGAUUGUAUUUUUGCUAGUGGGACACAAAUGCGACUUAGCUUCAAUACGUCAAGUUACAAGGGAAGAAGCUGAAAAGCUGUCAGCGGACUGUGGUAUGAAGUAUAUAGAAACCUCAGCAAAAGAUGCUACAAAUGUUGAGGAAUCCUUCACUAUCUUGACAAGAGACAUAUAUGACCUUAUCAAAAGGGGAGAGAUUUGUAUUCAGGAUGGCUGGGAAGGGGUGAAAAGUGGUUUUGUUCCAAAUACUGUGCAUUCUUCUGAGGAAGCAGUGAAGCCCAGGAAAGAAUGCUUCUGCUGACUGCAAACAUGCCAAAGAACCGCCAAGAACAGGUGGACGUCAUUCCAGGAUCGAUACCCCAUCAGCACUGUUUUGUAAGGUGUUUGAUCCAGAGCUCUAUGCUUACAUGUUACACUACAAGACUCGGUGUUUUGCUAAAAUAUCAGGCAAAGCAGACAACUUUUUCUUGUAACUAUCAAAUUACCCCCUUUCCUUCUUUGUUAGCAUAUAGCUGAACUAAUGUCCAAAUAUGUCAAUAUUACUCAUUUUUCUUGAGUUUGAAAUGGGGUUUUUGUGCAUAUAUAGUCUGAUUGAAAAGAUUUUAUCAGGAAUUAUGUUCUCUUGUUCAUUUACUAAUAUUGAAUAGUAAAGUGAUUUAAAAGUGCACUGUUCACUUACAAAUUAAACAGUCUCAGAGUUAUCAAUUGACUAAAAUAGCAGUUCCCUGUUUAAGAUACAGUACCGGGUUUUUUAAACAUUUAAAAUAUUUAUCUUCCCUUAAU